CGGAAGGGAAGUAUAAAUAAUAAAGCAAGGCUGCUCGCACUACCCCAUUGACGCCCUGCAUAGGUCUCUUUCUUCUCUCUCUGGCCGAUCCUUUGUGGGCACGUUCAUCAGUCGUGGAAGAGAACCUGUAUACGUUGGGGAAACGACGGCAGCCGGGACGGGCUCACCGGUGUAAAGCACUUCAAGGCCGUCCUCUCGGUGACGCUGCGCUACGGCCGCCGUUGCCUCUGCGCUCCACUCGCCAUGUCCGUCGCACCCGCCGAGAUGGAUCUGAAUGAGAUAAAAGAAAAUGCAUGUGCUAUUAAUUUUACUGAAAGGAAGGAAUACAUCAUGUCCUUCCCUAGCAAAACCAAGUUAGUGAAUAUCCAUGACACAACCUUGACACGUCGAGAUUUGGAAUGUCUUUUAGAAGAUGAGAUAUGGGUGGAGAGCGAGGUCAUAAAUGCAUAUAUUUACUGUCUAAGGGUCCAGGAUAAAUUUUGUACAGCGGGUGCACGUGUAUUCUUGGAAACUACAUAUGAUUCAGGAAUACUUAAGCGAGAUGGUGAAAUUCCUAUAAGCCUUGAGAGUCAUCACCACAUCGUUGAAAAGGUGCUUAAGUAUCUACAGCAUGACAUGGUUAGACUAAUUUUCCUACCUAUGGUUCUAUCAUUUGUUAUCAAUUUGUUUACCUAGCCGGGGCAACGACUUGUAUAUUAUGUGUCAGUUGUUCAUUCCAAUCAAUAUGAACCAAACGCAUUGGUAUCUAUCUGUUGUCAAUAUCAAACAACGCGAGAUACAAGUACUCGAUUCUUUUGGUUCUCGAAUGAGCCGAGCUGAUCUACAACUUACGGUAUGAUUUUACUAUAUCUGUACUUGGAAUUCAUGCAUUUAGUUUCACCUAUAUUAUCAUACUCUUUUUUCUAUUUAACAGCUUCAGGGGCUUGAGGCGCAUCUAAAGAUUGCUUCUAAGAUGAAUGGGUUUAACCUAGGUACUUGGCCAGAUAUUGAUGUAACUAGAUGGACUAUAAAAGAGUAUAUUCAAGAUCGAAUUCAAUCUGAUGGGUAUGUUUGAAAUCAUCACAUGAGAAAAUGCGAAAUGAGAGCAGCAGUAACAAUUAUUGAUUAUUAUUCAACAAUUCCUUAUGUUUGCUUAUUACUAAUGUGCCCAAU